CACUCACAACCACCGCCUUUUUCUGAUGGAUUAGAAGGCGGGGGAUUUGUUAAGCUAUACGUUGGAGGAGUUCCAAGAACAGCUACAGAAGAAGAUAUUCGACACAUCUUUGGUGAGUACGGGCAUAUUGUCGAGGUUAUUCUCCUCAAGGAUAAAAAGAUUGAUCAUAAACAAGUGAGUUGUUUUGUGAAGUUUAGAACACUGGAUGAUGCUGAUCGAGCAAUUGUAGCAUUACAUGAUCGGCACACCAUCCCUGGGGCUCACUGUCCAUUACGAGUUAGGUACGCCGAGGGGGAGCGGGAACGGCUAGGCAGUUUUGGUGAACAUAUACACAAACUAUAUGUUGGUGGCAUGAACAGACAAACUUCCAAAAGGGAAAUUGAUGAAGUAUUUUCUCGGUAUGGGAUUAUUGAAUCAAUUUUCCUUGUACGUGACCGUGAUGAUCAAAAGCAAAGUCGAGGAUUUGCUUUUGUUCAGUUCUCUCGUAGAGACAUGGCAGUUGCUGCAAUCAGUGCACUACAUGGGACCUACACAAUGAGGGGUUGUGAUCACCCUUUGAUUGUUCGCUUUGCUGACCCCAGGAAGCCUAGAUUGGGAGACUCUAGAGCGGCAUCUUGUAUCAAUGAACCUUUUGGUGGACAUAUGCCACCAAAUUCGACCAGUCCAAAGCAGUCUCCAAUUGUUGGAAACACGCAGCAAACAGUAAUGAAUGUUUGUGCUGUACUAGAGCAAGCUUUUCCUUCGACGACGUCUUCUGCUAACAAGUCACCUUCAGAUACUGACUGUGAAUGGAGCGAACAUAUAUGUCCUGAUGGGUAUCCAUAUUACUACAACUGCAUGACGUGUGAGAGCCGGUGGGAGAAACCUGAUGACUAUGCACGCUAUGAGAAACAACUUGAGAUGCUUGAGGAUCAACAAAAUGCACAACCUACCACGGGGGAGGGGGUUGAAAUGGAUGUUCAAAGGCAGCCAUCUACCAAGGAACUCUGGAAACUUUCAUCAUCUACAGAAAAUGCUGCCAAUGUAAACGUGACUGGAAAAUCUUGUUCUGGUCGAGUCACUCUCAGUAGUACAUCACACACUUUUCAGUCACGAUCAUCACAACAUUGAAAUUCAAUCACAUGAUUGCGUUAGGUUCAGAUGCCAUUUACUUCAAGAUGUCAUUUUUGAGUACUAUGUAUUUUCAAAAACCUAAUUAUUGAACACAUACACAGAUGCAAGCAAGCCCGACAGUUUCUCCAGCUUGUGUAUGAAUAUCAUACUGAUUUACUGGUCAACAGCACCUAAAGGGAUUUGGACUCUUAAGACUAAGAUGGACCAAGUGUUGCGAUUGCCGGUAAUUGGUUUCUGCAAAUAUGAACUAACCUUACUGCAAUAGACAUCACUGUUAUUGCUGCUGGUGUCUUUCUCUAUAUCCUUAUGUAGGAGGAGAUAUCACUAGGAGCUUUAAGGGAGAGAUAUGUGUGUGUCAGUAUGUGUAUACAGUAUAAUGUAUCGACAUAUAAUCUUCUUUUAUGUACUGCCCUAUUUGAAGCUGUUUGAUGCUACUACUUUUAGUAUUUUAUUCCUUGCCAUUAUUGUCCAAGCAGUUCUUGUUUACCACAUUGUACAGACUACCUUUUAACUUGGGAUGUAUUUUUUUCAACAUAUUACCUUUUUUCUACUUUUAGUAUUUUAUUCCUUGUCAUUAUUGUCCA